UUUCAAUGCCAAAUUAGAAAAAAUUUGGCUGACUCUCUCUCUCUCUUGAUCGAUCUCGAAAUAUCCCCUCCCUCCCCUGUCUCUCUCUCUCUCUCUCUCUCUCUCCCCAGAUUCGUGAGCUGAAAUGGGAGUUCCGGCGACCGACCCACUGGCCCAGCUGAGCCUGCCGCCGGGUUUCCGGUUUUACCCGACCGACGAGGAGCUCCUCGUCCAAUACCUCUGCCGAAAAGUGGCUGGUCACCAAUUCAAUCUGCAGAUCAUCGGGGAGAUCGAUCUGUACAAGUUCGACCCUUGGGACUUGCCAAGUACGUGUGUCGUAGGGAGCCCGUUACGUGUCCUUUGUUUGAUUUCUUUGUGUUGUAAGUCAUUACGAGAAUUGUGUGUUUCAGGCAAGGCGAUAUUUGGUGAAAAGGAAUGGUACUUUUUCAGUCCUAGAGACAGGAAGUACCCGAACGGGUCCCGGCCGAACCGGGUCGCCGGAUCCGGGUACUGGAAGGCCACCGGCACCGACAAGAUCAUCACCACCGAAGGCCGCAAAGUCGGCAUCAAGAAGGCCCUCGUCUUCUACGUCGGCAAAGCACCCAAAGGCACCAAGACCAACUGGAUCAUGCACGAGUACCGCCUCUUCGAAACUUCCCGGAAGAGCGGAAGCUCUAAGUUGGAUGAGUGGGUCCUGUGUCGAAUCUACAAGAAGAGCUCGGGCUUGCAGAAGCCGACCGUGUCGACUUCUUCGAGCAAAGAGCACAGCCACGGGUCGCAUUCGUCUUCCUCAUCGUUGGACGACAUGUUGGAGACUUUGCCCGAGAUCGGCGACCGGUUCUUCGCGUUGCCGCGCAUGAACUCACUCAGGAUCACGCCACACCAACAGCAGCAGCAGGACCAGAAGCCCGACCUUCAGACUCUGAUGGGCUCGGGUAGUUUCGACUGGGCCACGCUCGCCGGUCUAAACUCGGAGCCCCAGCAACAAUUCGUCCCGGUCAACCAAGCUCAGGCUCAGGCUCAGGCUCAGGCUCAGGGGCUCGUGAACUACGGUGGUAAUGACGUGUUUGUCCCUCAGAUGGGCCACCUCGAUGGCCCGCAGAGGCGGCUCGGUAGCUCGGCGGACGAGGAAGUACAGAGCGGGGUCAGGACUCAGCCGCUGGGGGCUUAUCAGCCGAGCUCGGGCGGGUUCUCCCAGAACCCGGCGAACUCAUCGCUCGACCCGUACGGGUUCCGGUACCCGACACACACCGCCGGGCUCGGGUUUCGGCAAUGAGAAAACAA